AGCAGUAGAUAAGAACCAUUGUCUGGAUACUUGAAGUGCUGCUUCCAUAUUUCUUCUGUAUUUUGUGUUCCAUAAAAUCAGGUUAGAUCUGGAUUACACCGGGUAAGUUUGUCGUCUGCUGAAUCCUGUGUAAGUGAACAAUUUUCAAGGCGGUUACACAUUUUUUCGAUUUAUCUUAGUUGGCAGCUGUUUAAAGGUUUUAUUUGGACUUGGCUGAAAGUUCUUCCCAUGCUUUGCAAGCUUAACAUGAACAUAUAGUCGAAAGGUCAGAGAGUAUCAAAGUGAACAAUGGAAGGACCUUAGACUGUAGGCUCGUUUUCACCCAGACGAAGCAUUGAACAGUGUUCCUCAAGAAUCCAAAGUGAAAAUGGCAGACAAAAUUGCUUUAAGCAAUUACAAAGCACACACAACUGACAAGGAGGACAACUCCGACUCACUUUUGUUUCUGUCCCAUGAGAAAUUAUCUUACGAAAGACGCUAUUCAGGCGACUGGAAGCAGCAUUGUUGGCCAUUGAACGCCUGUCAGACCAUUGACCCAGAGGAAAAGAGAAAAGCUCUGGUCAAGAAAAAUGGAGGUUACAGGGUGUUUCUGGCUGGCCUAAGUGAGUACAGAAAGAAAUACAUCACUGACCUGUACUUCACUCUCGUAGACCUGGACUGGAAGUAUGCUUUGACCAUCAUCUUCCUGAUCUACCUGGUCAGUUUCCUGCUGUUUGCCGCCUUCUGGUGGAUGAUGGCUUACUACAACGGGGACUUUGAGAACGUAGGCAACGACAAGCACGAGUUCUGCUUGGAAGGGGUGUCGUCAUUUCCGGGCGUCAUCUUGUUUUCCUUGGAGACGCAGACCACCAUAGGCUACGGUGUGGCCUACCCCAACGCGAUGUGCGGCCCAACAAUACCGCUGAUGUAUUUACAGGUUGUUCUGGGUUUUUUAAUCGAAACACUGAUGCUUGGUCUAAUUGUGGUGAAGAUUGCAAGGCCCAAGUAUAGGGCUAACACAAUUUUAUUCUCUAAAUAUGCCACUAUAAACCAAGAAAAUGGACAGCUUGUUUUGCAGAUUCGCGUGGGGGAUCUCAGAAAGUCCCACCUUGUAGACGCCACCAUUACCGGGAUGGUCAUCCGCAAGUACACCACCCCUGAGGGCGCCUACUACCCACUGUACCAGUUCAGGUGCGACUUCUCAGCCAACGAGAUGGGGGAUCAGGUGUUCCUGCUCUGGCCUAUCAUCUUGACACAUGUCAUCGAUAAAAGCAGCCCCUUGUACAACUUUAAACCCGCUGACCUCAGUACUGAGAAGUUUGAACUGAUCGUCUACUUGACCGGAACCGUGGAGUCUACAGGUGAAACAUGCCAGGCCCGUAGCUCAUACCUGCCCAAAGAGAUCAUGUGGGGCUACAGGUUUGAGAGGAUAGAGGAGUACAACCGUGGGCGACGACGCUGGCAAAUUGAUUUCACGGGUUUCGAAGAUGUAUUACACUGUCAGAACAUAAGUCACAGCGCUCGAGAGUUGGACGAAAGGAAGAAAGUUGGCAAGUCCAAAGAGAAUGAACUAUGUUCUGGAAACACAAGCUAAAGAAAGUUCAACAUUUCAAACUCGUUCUGUCUUUAAUUAACAUGUUCAUAUCACUCAUAUACAUAUCUAGUAAUAUGUAGUCUUUUUUUGUUGCUCACCUGACCUGCACCGAUUUAAAGUAUUGUUACGAAUCUCACUAUCCAGGCUCUCUGCAAACUGCACCAUACACCACCAACUUAAAGAACUUGACAAGUCAGGGCUCCAAAAUAACGUAAAGGUUUAAUGUCCAUAAAUAACAGCCAAUACUGUACAAUUGGCAGCACGUAGAACAGUACAAAUAGCUCUGCGAUAACAAAUAUCUCUCCGAUAACACCGUUCCGCCGUAUCAAGUCUUGCACUGGUCUCUCCGUCUCGUUCCGGGCUUGCACUGGGUUCAACAGUUCGGGACUGACUUCACACACUUGGGCUCGUUGUGUCGGACUCGAUCACAGACCAAGAUCAAGACGCCGUUCGUCUCAACUGUACUUGAUAGUACUCCGCACUGAACCGUCGUAAUGCUCCGUACAGGACCACACCGUUGAACUGUGCUGUAGUCGACCGUGUUCUGAACUCCUGUCGUAAACCCGCUUUCUGAACCGUCUUGACUGCGACACCUCCGCUCUUUAUAUAGGGUCCCUACUGGCCUUCUAGAACCGGACAGAACGCCGCUCGACGUUUCUAGGUGGUCAGAUGACUACAACCCUCGUGACGCUAAUGAGCUCUGUUCACGACGCCGAUCCUACUCGAACCUUCAUGUUGUUAACUCGUCUCGGCCGAUCGUCGUAACUCGUCACGGUUGACCGCUCGUCUAGCGCUGGCCUGGGGCGAUUUGCGUCGGCUGACUACACUCACACCACUACCCCUCUCUGUGCCACCACCAGGUUUAUAACAGUAUGUUGCAACUCAUAAGUACUUAAAACUAGGCCUCUACAUUAAUCCAAUGAAGUCAUCUCAAACCUAGGGGGAGUGAGAUAUUUAGUUAUUGUCGUUAAAAAUUGUAUUUAAAUAGAUUAUUUUUGGUGUUCAUAGUAUGUGUUUGUUGAUAUUCUUGAGCAAAAAAAAAAAAAACAAACAUCAAAUUAUUAGUAACACUAUGGAGACGAAGUCACUUGGGGUGAUUUUUUUCCUCUCUUGGUUUUCAUCAGUAACACUAAACCUUUCAUUGAUCCGUUCAUAUAUAUUUCAAUUGUAUUCAUAUUUUAUAAACAAAUGUAUGAACACAAUUACAAAUUAUACAUUUAGCAUGUAAGUAUUUGAUUUUAUCUACCACAAUGAGGAAAAUAAUAACUGAUUUUGUUUUAUACAUUAUUCCAUAUAUGGGCCCUAUAUAUAUAUCAUGAAAUAUUAUCAUGGAAUAUGUCUUCAAUUUUUUUUUCUAUUUAUUGCUUGAAUUUCCCAUUUUAAUAUACUUUUGUUUUAAAGAUGUGUUUCUGUUUUAAGCUAAUGUACUAUACAGUGCACAGUGUAAAGUCUCGAGUCUGUAGCUACAAAUAUUAGUAGACAAGAAGAAACAUUCAUUAUAGCAAUUUGCACGGUCAAGAAAAUAUAAGCUUCACUUUAAAGCAUAAAGCAAUCGUAUUAAACAAAAUUUUUUUUUACAUA